AUGGAAACAAACAGCUUGACUUAUUUCAAUGUCCAUUGGAUAAUCUGGAACUCGCUUGGAUAUGGCUCCAACUAUGUAAUUUGGAGACCAUUGCUUAUCGUCUACAUUGUGUUGUUGCAUCUGGCAUUCAAUGUUGGAUAUUCAUUUCAUCUGGGAAUGUCAAUUUUCCACAACGACAAUUUUACAGAUGAUAUUAAGAACCUAACGACAUUUGCCGUCUGUUUUGCUGGCACUCUGAAAUCCUUGGUAUACGCCUUCAACUUCUACAAGAUACAUCAAAUGGAGCAAAUGCUGAACCUUUUAGACUCACGCGUCAGUGGAAAGGAAGAAACAAAUAUCUACAUAAAUUUGAGAACUCAGUUGAGAAACAUUCUCUAUGGAUUUAUCGGUAUCUAUAUGACAGUUGGUAUUUUUGCCGAGUUGUCGUUUGCAUUUCAGGAUAAGCGCGGACUUAUGUAUCCUGCCUGGUUUCCAUUUGAUUGGCGUAAUUCCACGCGAAACUUUUACAUUGCUCACGUCUAUCAGCUUGUUGGAAUUGCUUAUCACCUGAUACAGAACUUUGCAUUCGACUCUUAUCCUGCCAUGAUAUUGUGUCUGAUUUCAGCUCAUAUCCAGAUACUCUACGCACGCUUUGAACAAAUCGGAUUGAAUGACCGUGGAGAUGCCGAGGCUCAAAAUCAACUGGAGGCCUGCAUAACUGAUCACAAAUGCUUACUACAACUAUUUAAGACCAUGGAAUCCCUCUUCUCAUUGCCCAUGCUCAUUCAAUUCACAGUGACUGCCAUGAAUGUCUGCAUUAGCAUUGCGGCGUUUCUCUUUUUCGUUACAGACCCAAUGGGUCGCUCUUACUUCCUAUUCUAUUCAAUGGGUGUUCCUUUUCAAAUCUUUCCCACCUGUUACUAUGGAACGGACACUGAGUUCUGGUUUGGAAAACUUCACUAUGCGGCCUUCAGUUGCAAUUGGACUACACAGAGUCGCAGCUUUAAAAAAAAACUGAUGCUUUUUGUGGAGUGCUCUUUGAAACAGAACACACCCAUGGCAGGUGGAAUGUUACGCAUUCAUGUUGCUACAUUUUUCUCUACCCUCAAAUUCGCCUACUCCCUUUUUACAAUCUUACUACAAAUGCAAAAGUAG